GUUCUCUCUUUCCUUGCCGUUAUAAAAUCCAAUUUCGGAUAUCUGCUGACUUGGUUCAAAGCUACACAUACAAUUUACAGUCAACAAGAGACGUCAUUCUGAAUGUGGUCCUACCUGUUCAUGUGAUGAGCUCUGUGUUCUAAUGUGAUGAUUAAGAUGAGGGCUGCAAGGAUUAGUCCAGGAAACAAGACGAUGUUCGUUUUAUUGGCUUUAAUGGUGACUUUCAAAGGUGCGGAGGGUCAGUCGGAGGUUCCGCCUGUCGGCCCCGUCCGGGUGAAUGCUGAGGCGGGAAGCCGGGUCACUCUCUCGGUGUUGUUCAGCGUGGCGGACGACGCGGUGGUCAAGUGGUCUAAGGGCUCCCUGCCGGUGGUCACGUGGAAGCUGGGUUCCAACGUUCCCGCGGACGUGGCUGGCGCACACUCGGACGUGCUCCGGCUGGAGAGGGACGGCUCGCUGUCUCUGGUCGACGUGCCGCUGUCUUACAGCCAGAACUACACGGUGGUGUUCACCAAGUCCGGCGUCGCUGACGCCCAGGCCGUGUUCGAACUAAAGGUGUAUGAGCGUCUACAGAACGCCAGCAUCACUCCAGAGCCGGCGCUGGCGGUGGAGGGCCUGGAGGUGUUCUCUCUCAGGUCCUCAGUCCAGCAGGGCGAGGUGGAGAGGAGGAGGUGGUUCCUGGACGGGGAGGAGAUCAACAGCUCCUCUCCCCACUACUCCCUGCAGGAGGAGCAGCUCCUCAUUCACCAGCUGGGGAGGGGAGAUGCUGGGAGCUAUAGCCUGCAGCUCCGUAACCCCCUCAGUGAGGUCAAAGUUCACCUGAACCUCACUGUGCUCUACGGUCCAGAUGAACCCGUUCUGGAGGUGCUUCCUGCUCAACCUUUUUACGAGUCUGGAGACUCUGUCACUCUGUCCUGCCGAGCCGAGGGCUUCCCGGUGCCCUCUGCUGAUUGGCUGUUUGGCGGUGGGGUACAUCCUGGUUCUCAGCGAGGCGUUCUGACCCUGACCGAUCUGGUCGUAGCCCAGGGUGGGUCCUACACCUGCCGGCUACGUGGAGCGCGGCACACGAAAAGCACAGUCCUCCUCAUCUAUGAGAGACCCGUUGGUUAUCCAGAGUGUUCGGUCCACGCCACGGUCAGCAACGACCUGCAGUACCGCUGCCAGUGGCCAGGGGGCGACCCCAGGCCCAGCCUGGCCUUCCCGAGCGUGAGCAACGGCAGCGUGACGGCCGGGGUCCUCAGCCUGACGCUGGCGCCUUCUGAGGGCCUGGACUGGAAGACCAUCGUCUGCCGCGCCCAGCACCCGCUGCUGGAGGCCAGCUGCAACGUCACCGCACGUCAGCCAGUAGAGUUCCUACCCAGAGUGGGCGCUGCCGUGGACCCGGAUGGAAGGAUCGCCGUCACCAUAGAAUGUUUGAGCGACGCAGUGCCCGACGCCGUGGUUACCUGGCUCAGGGCGGGGCAGGCCGUAAGCAGCAGCAACCAACACCAGAUCAGCGCCAACACCACACAGCUCACCGUGCGACACUUCAACAUCAGCGAAUUCAUCAGAGAAGACUUCAGCUGCAUCUGCUCCAACCCUCUGGGCAACAAGAGCCGGACCACCCGGUUACGAGGUCCCUCUAUCUCAGAUUCAAGUCUCUUACCAAACCAGGAAGGGACGGCCGUCACGUUGACCUGGGAGGUUCCUCCGUUGUCCCUGGUUACUGGAUUUGACGUCCAGAUGAGAGGACCAGCCUUAGACGAGACCCUCCAGCGGUCCGGUGAGUUCCGCUCCAUCCAGGUGAAGCCGGGGUGGGCUCGCAGUGCGGGCGUGCUCCACCUGGACCCACAGUCCACCUACCACUUCCGGGUCAUCCCCAGUGCUGGGAGGACGGCCGGGGAGCCCUCCAUGCAGAACCGGAUCGGACCAGGCGACGGUCUGAGCGGCGCGGCGGUCGCUGGGAUAGCAGCGGGCAUCCCCUGUGGCAUCCUGGCCCUCCUCAUCUCCACCGCCCUCCUCUACCUCAGCGUCUCCCGCUGUAGGAGGUCAGGACAACCCAGAUAUCCUGUGUCUCGGGCUGUUGAGAAGGCAGUAGCAAGCCAGCCUGAUUCCGCUCUGCCAGACUACAACAAACUCCAUGCUCCAUCUGAACUGUCAUUGGCCGUCCCAAAGUUUGUCCCGCCUCCUCCUGUCAGAACUGCAACAACUGUUUAAAGAAGCAAAACGAUUUUAUAAAUGUGUGUGUGUGUGUGUGUGUGUGUGUGUGUGUGUGUGUGUGUGUGUGUGUGUGUGUGUGUGUCUGUGUGUGACUAUUGUUUGAGACCAUCCAGUUAAAUUUCGUCAUACUAAUUAUUAUUUAUAAUCUGUUUUAUUAUGAAUAUAUAGUUCUACAAUUACAGCAGAACAACUAUUUAUUGAAUAAUGAAUAAGGUGAACAAUUUUAACAAUCGGGUUUUAGAACAUUUUUCAUUUGGUUGUGAACAGAAACAUCUUACAUUUUUAGUGCACUUACUUUUAACUGUCCCACAUGAUCGGUUCCCUAAAUAAUAAGUAAUCCAUCCACUUUAAAUGUGGUACAAUGUCUAAAUUAUUUCACACCUUAUGUUUAGUUCGAAUUGAAAUUGUUAACAUAUUACCUGCUUACACUAAUAAAUGUCUAAAGGAUUAAUUUCCUCUGUUCAUCAUUUAAUUUGUUUUACACAAAAGUGCAUUAGACUUGUUGAAGGGAUAAUGUGAUGGAUUUAAUCUCAUUCUGACUUGUUCUAACUUCCUCUACUCACGAAAUGUUGGCUGCUGCCCAUGCUCUUUAGCCGUCAUAUUUUAAGCACACUAUCUCUUCACAUGAACCUGUUGCUUGAAUAAAUGUUUCCUAUUUCUA